GCAGACGGCAUUUAGCAGACAGUAACUGCUGUGCAGAUUUUCUGUCACGAAUAAACAUUUUCAUAAAAAAGAAAACACCAAAAGGAACUUAAAAAAUGGCAGGGGCCCUUAAAAAGUCGACCGGAUUAACUGGACUUGCAGUUUCGCAAGAUCCUCAUCGCAUGCUUAAUAUUUUAUACGGGAAAAUUCUUCGAGCACUUGAUAAAUUGCCCCAGGAUUAUCCUUACAGAAUUUAUACAGAAAAACUUGUCAAGGAUAGAGCAACUGUCGUCAAAGAUAACGAUAAUGUAACCGCCAUUGAGGAGAAGAUUGGCUGCGGUCAAGUUGAAGAAUUGAUUUCACAGGCCCAAAGCGAAUUGGUUUUGGCACGAAAGAUGUUGGAGUACAAACCAUGGCAGCCUCUAAUGCAACAAGAGCCCAAAAAUCAGUGGACAUGGCCUCCACACAAGUAGAUAUAUAUAUUAAUUCGUUGAUAGUUUUACAUCGUAUAUUUCUGUAACAUAAAUCGUCUGUAAUUAAAUACCAGGGUGCUCUUGACCCACAGAAGUAUGAGAAAA